AUGAUGUCCUCUUCUCCCUCUCUUGACCGUCUGGUCUCGCAAUAUUACCAACAAGUUGAACUUCCCUCACUCUCCCUUCCCGCUGAAGAUGCGACUCUUCUCCACCCCAUCACCCAACAUGCCCUCUACAACCGCAUGUUCAACGAUUCCGACCCCGCCCUCUGGCCGCUUCCCCCAGCCCACUAUCGUAUGCGCGUGCUCAAGCUGAUCAUUGCGCGCCUCGAGCAAGCACUCACCAAUCCGGAGGAGGAUGAAAUCAACGACGAACUUCUAGAAACAUGGGGCACUCUUCUCACGCAGCCCAAGCUUCCGGCCAUUGAACAAGCUCAACAACUCACCUACAUUAAAUACACUGCCCCGCAUUCCAGCUCUUCCUCUACACUCGAGCCGACACCACAGGUACAACAACCACAAGACUCCCCGCGAACAACCAUCACUUCCGAGUCCCGCGGUCUGAUCCUUUCCUCUGGCACUACGGGUUUCCGCACCUGGGAAGCCGCUCUGCAUCUGGGAACGUACCUCGCGACGGACUCGACCGCUGCCCGCUCCCUGAUCCAGGGCAAGCGGGUGAUCGAACUCGGCGCCGGGACAGGUUUUCUCGCCAUGUUCUGCGCGCAACAUCUCCGGCCGAAAUUCGUAGUCACAACUGAUCGUGAGCUGGCCCUGAUAGAGCAGAUCCAGGAUUGUGCCGGUCGCAAUGGACUGUACGACACGCCAGGCAAGUUCACGGCGGGGAUCUGGGAGUGGGGCACGCGAUUGGAUCUUCCCGGCUUCAACGAUGCCACCGCGGGUGGUUGUUCCUCGGACAGAGAGGAGGAGGGGGAUCCACCGGCCGGCGACGCAAAGGAUGAAGCAACGGGUCUCAACUUUGAUGUCGCUUUGGGAGCCGAUUUGAUCUACGACGUUGACCUCAUUCCCCUUCUGGUCGCUACCAUUGGGGACCUCUUCACCAACUAUGGCCUCCAGCAAUUUGUCAUCUCUGCGACCCUGCGGAACGAGAAUACGUUCCGGACGUUCUUAACAGCCUGUGAAGCUCAAGGCUUUACUGUCGAGCAGAUCCCCUUCACCUCGCGUCCCGAGGCAGAGCAGACGGGAUUUUACCAUUCCACGGCGAUUCCGAUCCACAUAUACCGGAUCACAAGAUCGACAGUCUAACUAUUGUUUUCCUUGGGGAGCACAAGUCGAAACACAAUCUCGAUCGAGAUUGGAUAACCCUCAAUCUAUACUAACAGCUCGCUGACGGAAUCGCCCGCUUACAUUGACCUCUAUCGUCUUCUUUGCCCAUCAUAACCCAGCAUCAUAUGGUAUUGCAGUCAUGAUCUCGUAUUGCUGACAGUAUGUAUAUCUAUCUUCAUAGAGGGG